AUGGGUCAGGGGAAUAAAACGCAGACAUGGGUGAGUGAGUUCAUUCUGCUGGGGCUGUCCAGUGACUGGGGGACUCAAGUCUCCCUCUUUGUCUUGUUCUUGGCCAUGUACUUGGUGACCAUUGUGGGAAAUGUGCUCAUCCUUCUUCUGAUCAGACUGGACAGCAGGCUUCACACCCCCAUGUAUUUCUUCCUUAGUGUUUUAUCUCUUGUGGACCUCUGUUACUCAAGCAGUAUUGUCCCUCAAAUGCUGGCCCACCUGCUCUCAGUCCAGAAGUGCAUCCCAUUCUCCAGCUGUCUGAUCCAGCUCUCUACGUCCCUGGCAUUGGCUGCGUCUGAGUUCCUGUUGCUGGGGGCCAUGGCCUAUGACCGCUAUGUGGCAGUGUGCUACCCGCUGCACUACACGGCCAUCAUGCAUGGAGGGCUGUGUCUGGGACUGGCUGUUGGCUGCUUGGGGGCUGGUUUCAUGAAUUCACUGCUGGAGACAGUCAUCACCUUUCGGCUUCCCCUGUGUCACAAUGUUAUGAAUCACUUUGCUUGUGAGACCCUAGCAGUGCUGCGGCUAGCCUGUGUGGAUAUCUCUUUCAACAAGGUCAUGGUGGCCAUCUCAGGAUUUCUGGUGAUCAUGCUUCCCUUUUUCCUGGUUCUGUUUUCCUAUGGUCGUAUCGUUGCUGCCAUUCUGCACAUUCAUUCUGCUCAGGGACGUAGCAAAGCAUUUGGGACGUGCGCCUCUCACCUCAUUGUGGUGGUCAUGUGCUUUGGAACAGCCAUCUUCACCUACCUGGGGCCACGGUCUGCCUACUCAGUGGAAGGGGAGAAGAUGGUUGCUCUGUUCUAUGCUGUAGUGGCCCCUAUGUUGAACCCCUUGAUUUACAGCUUGAGAAAUAAAGAGGUUAUGGCUGCUCUCAGUAAACUUUUAGACAAAUUCAGAGACAAAGGGUGAAGACUAUAAGAAUUUCUUGUUAUCUAUCAUCGAAAUCAAAAAGAAGGUCAGAUAAGUGAAGGUGGGACUGGGACAUUUAUACUUAAGACUAUUAUGUUCAGAUCCUGGAUUUCAAGUGAACAAUUUCUCCACAUAAUUAAUGCAUUUCCUUAUGUAGGCCAAUACCAGGUAAUUUACAUACCAGUGAUUCAUGAAAGGGCCUUUUCUUAGAUCAUCUUAUCUCAGUAUCCAGUAGUAUUUAGGAUUCUUGUACCAUUUUUACAUUGUAUUAGCUUGUCCAUGUUUAAAGGAAUAAUGCAUGGCU